AUGGAUUUCUCCAACCUCAAAGACCAGGUCAGCAACAUGUCGUUGUAUGACCUCAAGGCUGGUGUGCGCAAGGUGCAAAAUGCCGUCAUGAACUAUACCGAAAUGGAAUCCAAGGUUCGGGAAGCUACAAACAAUGAGCCCUGGGGUGCGUCGACCACGUUGAUGCAGGAGAUCGCCAAUGGAACACACAGCUAUCAAUUGCUCAAUGAGAUUAUGCCCAUCAUCUACAAGCGAUUCACCGACAAGGCUGCCGAGGAGUGGCGACAGAUCUACAAGAGUCUUCAGCUCCUCGAGUUCCUUGUGAAAAACGGUUCGGAGCGGAUCGUCGAUGAUGCACGAUCCCACCUGUCCCUCAUCCGGAUGCUUCGGCAAUUCCACUAUAUCGACAUGAAUGGCAAGGAUCAGGGUAUUAACGUGCGCAACCGAUCAUCUGAAUUGGUGAAACUCUUGGGCGAUGUCGAUCAAAUCCGCGCCGAGCGAAAGAAAGCCAAGAAUAACCGCAACAAGUUCAGUGGAUUCGAGGGUGGCAUGGGUGCCGGCGGAGGUGGAAUGUCCAGCUCCGGUCGCUACGGAGGCUUCGGCAGUGAUAGCAUGGGCUAUGGUGGAUACAGCGGUGGUGUGUUUGGAGAUGGCGGCGGUUUCGGUGGCCAAUCUCCCAGCGACUUCCAAGACACCGGGCGACGAACCAGCAAAUUCGAUGAAUAUGACGAGUAUGAUGAAGGGGACGCACCCGCGCGCUCGCGCGAGCCUGCUACCCGAGCGAAGCCCCCAGCAAAGAAGCCGGAGCCAGCUCCCGCACCUGUCGCAGAUCUCUUUGACUUUGGCGACGACGACGAGCCUGUGACCACAACUUCCACCGCCGCCGGAAAGCAGCCCGCCGGUAGUGCUCUUAACAUGCUUGACCCAACCCCAGCUGACGAUGACGACUUUGACGACUUCCAAUCCGCAACUCCUGCCCCCCAGGCUGCUCAACCCUCGGCUAACCAGUUCGCUAUCCCGCCACCAGCUUCAACUGCCAGCACGACUGCUAGCACACAAUUUGUUGCGCCUCAGCCGAUCUCUGCCUCGCAGGGCGCCAACAUCAACGGCCUGGUUGGAUUCACUUCGGCGACCCCUACCCCUACGUCCAGCGGGCUUACCUCUCCCAUGCAGGCUCCGAUCCAGCAGUCCAAGCCAGCAGGCUACCAAGCUGCCACUCCCAAUUACUUCACUUCCGUCUCCAUCAACCCCCAGCCCGGCUCUUCCCACGCCGCAUCCCCGUCUCUGUCCUCUAUGACCUCCCCCACAGCAAAGCCCGCCGCUCCGGCAGCCAAGAAGCCCUCCGGCGACGCCUUUGGCUCGCUAUGGUCCACUGCCAGCGCCAGCGCCGGUAUUCAAAAAACCAACACCGGCAGCAACAAGGGCCCUAACCUCAACAGCAUGGCCAAGGAGAAGGCCAGCGCUGGCAUUUGGGGCACCCCCAGCACCAGCCAGAACCAGAACCAGCAGCAGCAGCAGCAGCAGAAGCCAUCCAGCUCGGCCUUUGAUGACUUGCUCGGCUGA